UCUUUACUCACCGACUGUCUCAGGUAGCUGACACAGCCGUGUGGUGUGGGAACGAUAAACAUGGAGGAACCUAUGCUUCUGCUUCAUUCUUCUGUGCUUCUCUAACAGCACAAACACUAACUAUAACUCAAACUGAAACCCUACCUGCGUCUUCCUUCCGCUGGAAGCUUCACUUCCUCUCUGGGAUCUGAAUCUGCCAAAUGUACUUCUUCUCCAGAAGGAUCCAGAACAACCACACUCUCCCAUGAACCAAAUCCGUCGCUACCAGAGGAUUCUCAUCCUCUCUCUGCUCUUUCUCUCCGUCAUUGCUCCUCUCCUCUUCGUCACUCCUCUCGGGAGAAGAGAGUUUCUUGAAGAUUUAUAUCGCGCUACAUACAGGACAGAUACGAUGAAGUUAAAUGCUGUAGAACAGAUUCAGGAAGGUGCUGAAGAAUUAGAAGAGCCAAAUCAAGUUGUUUAUACGGAAAAAGAUUUUGUUUCAGCAAUUAAUUACAAUUCAAAACAGAAUAAUGAUUCUAAGGAGUCUGGAAUUGCAGGGUACAGAGGUAUCACUUUAGAAAGAAAUGUUUCAGGAUUCAUCAAUAAAAGACAACACCAAGGAGCUCAGCAGAAAGAACUAUCCUUCGUGGCUCAAGGUAGGAAUAUACAUGAUUCACAGAGAAUAUCAGAGAAGAAUAUUGAAGUGACAAAUAAGAAGGUUCAAGAGAUUAAGGAUCAAAUUAUUUUAGCCAAAGCGUACUUGAAAAUUGCACCACCAAGCAGCAAUUUACGCUUGAGGGAGUUGGACCAGCUAACGAGAGAGAUGGAAUUAUCAAUUGGAGAAGUCACCCAGGAUUCAGAUCUGUCAACAAGUGCUUUGCAGAAAAUGAGACACAUGGAGGCUUCACUGUCUAAAGUCUACCGUGCUUUCCCAGACUGCUCUGCAAUGGCUGCUAAGCUCCAUACAAUGAAGCGUCAGGCUGAAGAGCAAGUCCGUUCUCAGCGAAAUCAAGCAACAUAUCUUGUUAAUCUUGCUGCAAGGACUGCCCCAAAAGGCCUUCACUGUCUUUCUAUGCGCUUGACUGCAGAAUACUUUGCCUUGAGGCCUGAGGAGAGAAAGCUUCCAAAUGAAAAAAAAAUUUAUCAUCCAGACCUUUAUCAUUAUGCUGUCUUCUCUGACAAUGUUCUGGCAUGUGCAGUGGUUGUUAACUCUACAAUCUCUACUGCCAAGGAACAGGAGAAACUUGUUUUCCACGUAUUGACCAAAUCAGUCAACUUACCAGCAAUCUCAAUGUGGUUCUUAUUAAAUCCACCUGGCAAAGCUACAGUCCACAUACAGAGCAUAGACAACUUUGAAUGGUUGUCCAACUACAAUAACUACCAGGAAAAUAAUUCCAGUGAUCCAAGAUACACUUCUGAAUUGAACUACCUGCGUUUCUACCUGCCAGACAUUUUUCCUGCUCUAAAUAAGAUUGUGCUUUUGGAUCAUGAUGUGGUGGUGCAACAAGAUCUCAGUGGACUAUGGAAUACCGAUAUGAAGGAAAAUGUAAUUCAAGCAGUUGGAACUUGUCAAGAAGGGAAAAUCCCAUUUCAUAGGAUUGAUAUGUUCAUAAACUUCUCAGAUCCUUUAAUUGGAAAGAGGUUUGAUCACUUUGAUGUCAAUGCUUGCACAUGGGCAUUUGGGAUGAACUUGUUUGAUUUGCAACAGUGGAGGAGACAUAAUUUAUCUGCUGUCUAUCACAAGUAUUUGGAAAUGGGUUUGUGGAGCGUUGGAAGCCUACCUUUAGGCUGGCUCACUCUAUAUAACAAGACAGAUUUGUUGGAUAGACAAUGGCAUGUUCUUGGCCUUGGUUAUAGUUCAGGCGUCGAUCGAAAUGAGAUUGAGCGGGCUGCCGUUAUACACUAUGAUGGGAUUAGGAAGCCGUGGCUGGAUAUUGCAAUGGGCAGAUAUAAAAGUUAUUGGACCAAAUUUUUGAAUUUUGACAACCCUUUCUUGCAACAGUGCAAUCUCCAGGCAUAGUUCAAAAUUCAAAGUUUCCUCUUCAUGAAAUGACCUGUCUUCUGUUGUUGACAAGCUCCAUCGCACAUUCGUUGCUUGCUUAACGUUAUUAUUUCUUCAAUUCUUUUGAAGUUCGCCAUAUCUCUUACCUCCCCAAAAUUUUCCACGAACUUCUUACUUCUUUCUAGAAACUUGGCAAUUUUAUAGUUACAAUCAAGAUGAAGUAAGAAUCCGUGUCUCAGUGACAUGCAUUUUAGCUGCUUGCAGACGCAAUUGGUGGUUGUGUAUAUAAUCUUUGGCGUCUCAAUUUAUCCAACGUUCUUUGCUAUUUAUUUAGUUCCAGGCAUCGACUGGGAUGAAGGCUGCGGAAUAUCAGAAGCUAAAUCGGACAGGAGGGUGUUAGUAGGAAGGCUCAGAAUCACAAUGGAUGAAGAGACACACCUAUUGUUAGUAUUAACAAUGUAUGAUUUGUUUGAAGUGCUGAUUUUUUGUUUUAUUUUAUUUUAACAUGCCUGUGUUAUAUGGCUCCUCUAGUUUUUGGAAGGUGCUCUUGCCAAACUUCAUGUAUUUUGAAAGGAAUGUUAAUUAUACAUCUUUGAAUACGUUAUUUAAUUUUUUUUAUUAUUGGUUGAAAUA